AUCAAAAUAUCGCUUCUCGCUUUUCAGUGCAUCGGAGUCUCUCGACGCGAUCGGUUCGACGUUUCGAAGUUUCAGCCUUUGUGGAGGAAGCGUUAUCUUCAGAUCUAGUGACUAUUCGGUACCGUAAACUUGCUUCGUGCUCGCCUGCGGCACGAAGAGUGUGUAAAACGAAAACAGAGGAUUAAUCCGUGAGGAUAUUUCAGUUUCGUAUCGGAAAUAACAGAUCAUCUGUGAAAAUUGAUUUGGAGAUACAUAAGUGGAAGUGUUUUGCUCGGUUCUAAAGUGCUGGCAGCAGAAAAGAAUCUAACAAAGCAAUCAACUGUACACCAUCAACAACAAAAAACGUGUAUGAUAAAAGAUGAAUUUAAAGAGCAACUGGGUGAAUCGAGCUGCUUGAAGUGAUUUUCUUAUUAUUAUUUGAAUCGGUGGAAGAUUGCAUAACCAAACCCAGCAGAUUGCAGAUUAUUUGGGCUGCUCUAAUGAAGAUGAAAUCUUCACAUGGAACCAGUCCAGGACGACGCAGCCGCCGUGAAAUGACAAAGCACGAUGAUGAGGUGUGAAAAUCGAUGUUUUGCAGAAGUGAAAGAGGCGUGCGCGAGUGUGUGAAUGUGUGAUCCACCAUGAAGCCGAUCACUUUCGAAUCUAUCCGGAAUUUGCUUAAGACAAAGAAAAAACAAAAAGAUAAAUCUAGUAUCGAUCAGAGCUUCAAACGGAGCGACUCGUUCAAGCGUAUCAGCAUACGGAAAAGUUACUUGGAGCGUGGCCGGAAACGCAAUGCCGCCUCAGUGCUGCGUAGCUCCACCAAGAAUCUGGUUAACAUCAAUGAGUUUGAAAACCAGGCCAAGGUGGUUAAACAACCGGAUAAGCUAGUGAAAACUGCGAAUAACAAUGAAGCUAGCAGUUCUACCGGGCCGAAAGAGAGCUUUCGACCGGUACACGAGUUAUCUUUCGAGGAGAAAUUGGAAUCCAACGAUGCUUCUUUGGAUGAGAAAAUACGUGCCCUUCAGGAGAUCAACGAUCGCUACAUUAGCGAGAAUCAAAAUCUCAUCGAAAAAAGCUACGAAGCUACUAAAACUGUAGAAAAAGUGAAAAUUAAAAAACCUCCAAGACCAUCAAAGCUAGGGUUUCAAAAGUCACGCGAGAAUGACACCCAAACGACCAUCCCAACUGAUCUCAAGGCUAGAAGUUCUGAGUCCAACAAUACACUUACCUCCGGUGAUACUUUGGAAUCAACUCGAGCUAAGAACAUAUCCCACGUUAGCAUUACAACGUCGGAUGUAAUUCCCGAAGAAGAUGAGAGUACAGUUUAUUCGUUCGAGCCAGAAACUCAAUCCAUGACCCGAAAAACAGACGAUUUGGACGAUAAAUCCUUCUAUAGCAUCAGUACUUUCACCAUUGAAAGUAACACCAUGAACAACACGAAUGCGUCCUCGAAGAAAUCCUUUCGCAGUAACUUUAGCACAUCGACAGCAACCAAGGAGCUUCCUACACUGGUAACGAUCAAGACGUAUUGUGAACCAAAUGCAUCUAUUCAAUCGACAACCCACGUGAACGAAAAAUAUCUAGAAACAAGCUUCGAUAGCUAUCCGGAGGAUACGCUUACCAAAAAGACUGAAAUUCUUUCUAAAAAAGCCGCCAGCUUGAACAAACCAACAAGUGCCCACAAUAAGGCGAGUUCAGACAGCAAAACAUCUUCCCUAAAGGACUCUCGUCCGAAAAUCAACACACAAACAUUCAAAAUGAUUCGCAGUAAGUCCCGUGAAGGAAUUGUUAUUCGGAUUCCAGCAAUCGAUGGUGAUCAAAUUCCAGGAGUUACGCCUACUAUAAAUCACGACCACCAGGAAUCGGAGAACUUGAACCGGCAGCUUAGUAACGACUCGGCCCUAGACCUGAUCGAUGUCGACAUUAAAGUGGACGAAAAAGAUAUGCAAACCAACAAUACGGUUGAGCUAAAGAAUCAAAAAAAUAAAUAUAAAAAGAAGUUAAGAAAAUCGGGUGGUAAAACUGCAACAUUAGAUUUAGAAGACUGCAGAAAUAAUACUUUUAAAAGUCACGAACAUUUUGAACUGGAACGCGGUGGCACAUCGCGAGAACGACCGGAACCGAAAUUCAUUUUCCCCAGUAAUUAUUUCGAAGAAGAGAAUAAUAUCUUCUACGACCAGACAGUGUACGAUGACACAGAAAUCCCAUCUCCGGAAAACAGCAUUCCGUAUGCUUUGCGAAUCAAAGAGAACCCCUUUACUAAAAACAAAGAAUUCUACUCGAUAAACACCGGUCGCAUAUGGAAACAACUUAAUCUGGGCCAAGAAGAGGAUCUGUCUAUACUUUCGGCUACCCCUCGUAUUCCGGUUCCGAAAACGAAAAACGAAUCCUUCAAAUCGAUGUCAUCAAGAGAUUCAGGAUUCAGUUUAACUUUAACGAAACCGAAGAACCUGUUUCGUCGUAAAUCGAAAAAGGCCACUUUGCUACAGCGUAGAAAACCCAAACUGGCCGUAAGCAGGGAUGGAUACUUCAAGCGCGUUAUGGUGGUACAGCGGAAUUCUUCGAAGAAAAAGCGUUCUAUACGGAAAACUCGCAUGCAAAGUAAGGACAUCUUUCGAGAACUGUACGACGAGAAUUGGACGAAGCUUGACGACGAUUUUACCGAUCAGCAAGCGCCUGACUUUGCACGGGAUUUCGAAAAUUUCUGCAACAACCGACGCUAUCAUCAGCGUAUCGAUGAUCUAGAGGCAUUCUACGAGGAACAUUUAAAAAGACUGAGGCACUAUUAUAUUCAAAAGAAAAAGCUAAACGAAGCUGCAAUAAAGGAGUUUUACAGAGAUUAUAACGGUGAAACGGUAGAUAACGAGAAUGAUUACUACGAUUCGUUUAUCGUAACGAAAAAUGACACGAUCCGGAUAAGAAAUCAAAUGCAAAAGAAGUACUUACAGGAAAGGGAAGCUGAAACUUCAAUGGAGUAUAUGUUUCCGCAUCCAGAUAAACGUAAAGCUAAUGGCUUAGCCGCCAAACAAAAAGCGAAAGGAAAAAAACACCUGUUCCAUGAGGUUCGAGCAUACGGCAGCGCUUCGGAACCCCUGAGCUCUAUGGAAUUGGGAACGAAAGGCACAGAUGUGGUGAGAGAAUUAAAGUUGCUCAGAUCUGCAGCUUACGCGGCCAGUAAUUUUCAUUUGUUGCCUUCGGGGAAAGUUGACCGAGCAGCGAAUACGUCACAGAAUAGAAAUGAAGGUCAAGUGCAUGAAAUUUCGCUGGCCAACGUGUUUCCGUCGGUCGAUGGAAAAAUUAAAUCGAGUCAUGAUGAAAAUCGUGCGAGAACGGAAGAGCUGGACGAGGGGGAUGAAGAGUUUAGUGAAAAUGAGUUUCUGAUUAAUAGUAUCGGCGAAAACCUUUACUGUGUUCGUUGUGAUAAGGUAAACAGUGAUUGUGACUGUUACGAUGACACAACGGAAACGACCAAUGACAACAGCAACGAUAACGACGAAGAAGACGAGUUUCGCGAGCAACAUGGUGAGGGAGACGACAAUGUACCGGAUGAUGAUGAUGACGACGAUGACGAUGAAAAUUAUUGUGAUGUGCAUGAAUUUAACGAUAUCAAUAUAGUGCAUGUAAACCACAAGAAAAAAGUGAAAAGAAAAAAAUCGAAAAAACGGGUACGGAAAAACCACUCCACCUUGAGGCGAGGCAGCUACUGGGGUGACAUCACUCAAAAGGGAUACGAGAAGAAACGGACAAGACUUUUGCAGCCAUAUUCAACCAAAAAUGCACAACAAGCUGCUGGACGGCCAGAUGUGCACGCCGACGAUCCAAGCUCCCAGCGAGUGCUGCGGCCGGUUCAGCACCACAUGUCUCCGUCGACUACCUCAUCCGGAUCGUCCUCUUCCGAACAUCAGAGGAAAGAUGUGCCAUCGCUUAAUACUAACUUCAGUAACCUAGCGCUACACUCGCCAGCGAUAGUAGCGGCCGCAGCCGCACUAGCCAAAUCCCCGUCCAAAUCGGCAAACGUUACAUCCUCUACAGUAGCCGACGGUGAACGGGUGGAACCCGCGGAAACCCAUGUGAUAAUGCGACAGAAGCAUCAACAGUAUUUGCGGCCGCCAGCACCGACACAGACGACGCCAGUCGUGUCUACGAACAGUUCCGGGCAGCCGUUGCCACCUCCGCUAGAAACUAGCUUCGACCGAACAAGUAAUAAUAACCAAACGCCUUCGAACAAUAGUAGAAAUAAUAGAAGAAUUGGUCGACACGAGAGUCGCUACACCAGUGAAGUACGCCAGGAAGCUGUACAGCAAGCAUUAGCUGCAUUAAAAAAUCGCCCCAAACCUAGCUUACCAAUGCCAUCCAAACGAAGCUCUGUGCUUAAUCGUAGUCCCGAGCGCGAUCAUGACGACACAGAUUCCAGCACUGACGACGAAUCGAUUCCGGAGGAAGGCAUCCUUGGUGGCAGAAUCUCCACACCAGAUCGCGAUAAUUACAACCUGCCACGCGAUCACAUCCUUGGACGGGAACCCAUGAAACUACCGUCGACUAGGGAUCAUCACCAUCUCGGUCAACAAAAACAAUCAAGUCAACCGGCACCCAUUGAACGACGACCGCCUCAGAGUAUACCGACGCCAAACACCCAACAUGCCACUCUGUCCGAUACCUCUAGCGCCGGUUCGCCCCCAGCGGUACAUCGUACCUACUAUAAUCAAAAAAAUAGCUACGAUAUAACGGAUAUCUCAGAGUAUCAACCGCGACCGUAUGCUGCCCCAGAUAUUACACAAUUCAGUGCCAACACGCGACGAGGUGCGGACCGUGUCACGCGUUACGUUAACUUGUCCAAUCAAGAACCAGGGGACACCAGCACAGCCGGCAGGUGGAAAGUUUCCGCCAAAAUUCAACAGCUGUUGAAUACUUUGAAACGACCAAAACGCCGACCGCUGCCAGAGUUUUAUGAAGAUAAUGACAUCGAACUUGAAAUUGCCGCAAACCCGAAAGAUCCUAAUGCUCCAAAACCGGAGGGCAGUGUCAUGACUGCCGUUCAAGGAGAGCAGUUGAUCGUUCCUUCCGGUUUGCCCCGAACACUAGAAGCUGCUCUUCAACGGUACGGUACCAGUUCAUUUAAAGCUCCGAUGGCGACCGUGCUAGAUCCGAAUGGAAAGAUGACAACCACCCUAACCUACGGGAAAUUGCUGUCACGAGCGCAGAAAAUUGCCUACGCCCUCUCGACGAAAGUAUUCAGCAAAGGCCCUGAGCAGAUUUCGCUCAAACCGGGUGAUCGAGUGGCGCUUGUCUAUCCCAAUAGUGAUCCACUGAGUUUCUUAACCGCUUGGUAUGGUUGCAUGUUUCGUGGAUUAGUCCCACUGCCAAUUGAGUUGCCACUGUCCAGCUCUGAUUCCCCACCGCAGCAGGUGGGUUUCCUCCUGAGCUCGUGUGGAGUGCAGGUCGCCCUAACUUCAGAAGCCUGUCUCAAGGGCUUACCCAAAUCUUCCACCGGUGAGGUGGCCAAACUAAAAGGGUGGCCCCGUUUGCACUGGUUUGUCACCGAACAUCUCCCAAAGGUUCCAAAGGACUUCAAUACCAACAACAACCGUAUAUGUGAGGAUUCCAUAGCGUAUAUUGAAUACACCACUGAUAAGGAGGGUAGUGUCAUGGGAGUCACAGUAACUCGACAAUCGAUGAUCAACCACUGUCGAGCGCUAACCAUGGCUUGUCACUAUACCGAAGGUGAAACAAUUGUUUGUGUAUUGGACUUCAAACGCGAAGUUGGCCUAUGGCACAGCAUCCUAACGUCGGUGCUUAAUGGAAUGCACGUGCUUUUCAUUCCAUAUGCGCUGAUGAAGCUCAAGCCUUCUUCAUGGAUGCAACUCAUUACAAAAUAUCGCGCAUCGUGCUGUUUAGUGAAGAGUCGUGAUCUGCAUUGGGGUCUGCUAGCAACCAAAGAUCACAAAGAAAUUUCACUUUCAUCACUACGAAUGCUGCUGGUAGCAGACGGUGCCAAUCCAUGGUCUCUUUCAAGCUGUGAUCAAUUUCUCAGUGUAUUCCAAUCCAAGGGCCUACGACCGGAUGCUAUUUGUCCGUGCGCAAGUAGCUCAGAGGUAUUCACCGUAUCGCUACGACGACCAGGACGGUCUGCUGGUGGCUAUAAUCAAUCGGCUAGUGGACGUGGUGUACUAUCAAUGGCUGCUCUUUCACAUGGUGUUGUCCGCGUCGAUAGUGAGGAUUCACUUACCUCACUAACUCUACAAGACUGCGGCCAGGUUAUGCCUAGCGCCACAAUGGUCGUAGUAAACGCCGAAGGUCCACCGGUGCUAUGCAAAACGGAUCAAGUUGGCGAAAUCUGUGUUACAUCUGGAUCCACAGGAACUAGCUACUUUGGGCUUGAUGGAAUGACAAACUCUACCUUCAAGGUGCAACCACUAACCGAACCGUCUCCUGUCAAAGAAGGAGAAAUUCAAACGCCAGGUAAACCAAUAAGUGACGAAUCGUAUGUCCGAAGUGGUUUGCUUGGAUUCUUAGGGCCAGGAGGUUUGGUGUUCGUUUGUGGUUCCAGAGACGGUUUGAUGACCGUGACUGGUCGCAAGCACAACGCUGAUGACAUCAUUGCAACUGUGUUAGCUGUCGAACCGGUGCGUUUCAUCUACCGAGGUCGUAUUGCCGUGUUUAGCAUUAAAGUACUACGAGAUGAAAGAGUGUGUGUAAUUGCCGAACAACGUCCGGAUUGUUCCGAAGAAGAAUCCUUCCAGUGGAUGUCCCGAGUAUUGCAAGCAGUAGACUCCAUCCAUCAGGUCGGAAUCUACUGUUUGGCGCUAGUUCCUCCUAAUCAUCUGCCAAAAACACCGCUGGGAGGAAUUCAUCUAACUGAAGCUCGGCGGCGAUUCCUCGAAGGAUCGCUGCACCCGGCCAACGUACUUAUGUGUCCCCACACGUGCGUCACAAAUCUGCCUAAGCCGAGAGAGCUUCACCACGGUUCUAUCCAACAACUUCAAAUUUCCGGCACCACACCGUCGUCGUCGACCUCGAUCAAUACUGCCGGUACAGAUGCCUCCGUCGGGCCGGCUUCCGUGAUGGUCGGCAAUCUUGUGCAAGGCAACCGGUUGGCUUCAGCUCAGGGACGCGACAUCGGCCUCGCAGACGACAACGAGCGCAAGCACCAACUGAUAACCGGAGUACUCCGAUGGCGUGCUAACUCAUCCCCGGACCAUGUUCUGUACACCCUUUUAAACUCGAAGGGUGCUGUUGCCAAAACGCUGACCUGUUCCGAACUGCACAAACGUGCGGAAAAAAUUGCCGCACUGUUGCAGGAGCGUGGCAAGGUGAACCCCGGUGAUCACGUGGCACUAAUUUUCCCACCGGGAUUGGAUCUGAUCUGCGCUUUCUACGGCUGUCUGUAUCUUGGUGCUGUUCCGGUUACGAUACGGCCACCCCAUCCGCAGAACCUAAUCACAACCCUCCCCACCGUGCGAAUGAUAGUGGAUGUAUCCAAGAGUGGAAUAAUCCUAUCUAUUCAGAGUAUUAUCAAACUGCUCAAAUCCCGCGAGGCGGCCACUUCGAUCGACCCUAAAAGUUGGCCGGUCAUUCUAGAUAUCGAAGACAAUCCUAAACGGAAACUAGCUGCCAUUGCCAAUAGUACACUGGAUUCUACAGCUUAUCUAGACUUCAGUGUUUCCACCUGUGGACGAUUAAGUGGAGUUAUCAUCACACACCGAUCUCUUUCAAGUUUAUGUGCCAGCUUGAAAUUAGCCUGUGAAUUGUAUCCUAGUCGCCAUGUGGCUCUUUGCCUAGACCCAUACUGUGGUCUAGGAUUUUCUAUGUGGACAUUGAUCAGCGUUUACAGUGGCCAUCAUUCUAUACUAAUAGCACCAUAUGAAGUCGAAGCUAAUCCUAGCUUGUGGUUGAGUACACUAUCGCAAUAUCGUGUCCGUGACACCUUCUGCUCAUACGGUGUUAUUGAGCUAUGUACGAAAGCUUUGAGCAAUUCCAUUCAGAUGCUCAAACAAAGGAACGUCAAUCUUGGUUGUGUACGGACAUGUGUAGUGGUUGCGGAGGAACGACCACGCGUUCAGUUAACACAGCAAUUCUGCAAGCUGUUCCAAGCUCUAGGACUCAACACACGCUGUGUAUCAACUUCAUUUGGAUGCCGUGUGAAUCCUGCCAUCUGCGUGCAAGGCGCCAGCUCAGCCGAGAGUGCGCAGGUGUAUGUAGAUUUGCGAGCUCUACGCAACAACCGGGUAGCUCUCGUAGAGCGCGGUGCUCCGAACUCACUUUGUCUGGUUGAAUCAGGAAAAUUAUUGCCCGGAGUAAGGGUGAUUAUUGCUAACCCGGACAGUAAAGGUCAAUGUGGUGACUCGCAUUUGGGAGAGAUUUGGGUACAAUCACCCCACAACUCGAAUGGUUACUUCACAAUCUACGGCGACGAGACCGACUACAACGAUCAUUUUAACGCAAAAUUAGUAACAGGCUGCAGUAUCAGUGAGAGCUGGGCCCGGACGGGGUACUUAGGAUUCCUCAGGCGCACCGAGUGCUCACAAGCAGGAUCCAUUUUGGACGAAACCACUCCCAGCAUCGCAAGUCGAGAUUCGGACAACGAAUCAAUUCAUUCACAGGGCCAUAACACUCUGAACUCGACAACGAGUUCUAAUGCGGGAAAUACGACGAUCGGAGCAAGCGGCAAUGAACAGGAAUUACAUGAUGCAGUGUACAUAGUUGGAGCCCUCGACGAGGUCAUUACUCUGCGUGGCAUGUACUAUCAUCCGAUUGACAUAGAAAAUUCUGUACUACGCUGUCAUAAAAAGAUCGCCGAAUGCGCGGUUUUCACAUGGACGAAUUUGCUUGUUGUGGUUGUGGAAUUAGACGGAAAUGAAUCGGAAGCGUUGGAUUUAGUGCCACUGGUAACUAACACUGUACUGGAAGAACACCAGCUAAUUGUUGGUGUUGUAGUUGUAGUAGAUCCCGGCGUGGUUCCUAUCAACAGCCGAGGCGAAAAGCAGCGAAUGCACCUGCGGGACGGCUUCCUCGCCGAUCAGCUUGAUCCCAUUUAUGUUGCUUACAACAUGUAAAGAAUGACACCUGCAGGCUAAACAUGAUCGGUGCCUCCAAUUUGUUAUAAUUUUUAGAUGAUGCUUUCGUUGAUUCUCCCGAAAGCACCAGUGAUAUUACGGAAAACUUACGAACAAGAUACUAGUGGUUGUAAGAAAAACCAACGCACAUCACAUGCACACUUUGAGUCCCAUGUGACAAUGUUGUUAAACGUUUGUCGCUGCAAACAAAUGAACGCUCAUGACAUGCGAAUCAUCGUCGUUUCCGCAAAAAAAAACACACACAUCUUAUCUUCUUACUGUAAAUAUUUUGUACAAUUUCUGGACAGAGGAAAUGAUUGAUUUUUCACAACAAUAAAAAUGUAGUGGCACUUAGUUUUCGUUGGAAAUUCAUUGAUUUAACGAUGAUUUUCAUAAUUAAUGGCUGUUGUUCAGGUCACCAUCGGAUCUAGCAUAAUAGAGAAGAGAAGGACUCUCCAUAAUAUAGCUACACGCGUUAGUUACUAGCAAUUAAAAAUUCGAUUCUCUUGCACAAAUUUAUGUUUUAAAUUUAGGUCAGCAAUCAUUUCCAGUAUUCAUUUUUACUUUUCUGUUUUGUAAAUUACAUUUCCUGUACGCAAGAUUUUAGCAAUCAUUGACGCGUCAUAGAUUUUAACAUCAUUAUCUAGUCUUUUUUUCGUUUUGUUUUGUAUAUUUAACAGCAAAUGGUUCUACCUACUUGUUCAAAUACAGUACGUUUUAAACUGUAAACUGAUUUUAGUUGUGAUUAUUGCUUUUAUUUGUAAAUUAUAAACAUUUUAAAUCAAAACUUUGUUGGAUCUCUGUUCCUUACAACUUAAUCAUUUCUGGUACUCCCAUAUCACUAUUAUCAUUCCUGAAAAUUUCUCUGCUCCUACUUUAACCUUCUCCCAAAUUCAUAAAAUCAUUAAAAAGGCAUUACCGAUUUUCCCAACGUAAUUAAAGCUACAUUUACAGUAAUUAACGGAAGAAAACGAAUCAUUAAUCAAUCUUAUUGAUUAUAAUAAACGAAACACAUUAAAUCUUUCAUCUGAUUAGUCUAUUGGAGAAACACUUUUGUAUACAUUAGAAGGAGGACAAGCAGUGACACAUCGUGAAUAAUAAUUGUAAGGUGACUGUAAGCUAACCUACUCUGUUAUCGGAGAAUGCGAAUGGUAUAUAUAGAAUCAAGCAUGUCAAAAAGAGUUAAUAAAAAGGAAUUAGACAAUUAGUUGAAUAUAACUUUCAUAAUAUUACGCGUUCUUCUCUUUAAGCUCCUAUAUAUACAGAAACUUAGCAAAAGCAAAAACAAAAAGAUUACAUACACCUUCCCACUCUCAAACAAUACACAUAUUUGAACCGAGUAGAAAGCCAACGAACCAGGAAAGGUUGAAUUUGUUAGGAUUAGCUUACUUCUAAUUAUAUUCAGCGGAAGAAAAGACCGAUUUCCCAUGUCGAACUCCCUGCUACGAUGUUGCUAGGAUUGACUGUACAAGGCUGCUCGCCAGCAGACAGAAGCGGCAUUGGAACGCAGUGAAUUUUCGGCCAGACACAUUACACGUAACACAAAUUGAUUGGAUGAAACAACGCUCACUAAUUCCUUUGUAUUUCUAUUAGCGAGAAGCGCAUAAGCGAAGCAGUU